AUGGCCAUCGUAUCGACCCUGUUGGCCCUGCAGAAGCUAGUGAUCCACAACCCAGGGCAGUCCUUGGCGAUCACGGCUUUCUUCUUACCCUUCCUCUAUGUGAUCCUCAACGAGUUUAUUCGGGCAUCGGCCCGUGUCAAGGGCAUGAAAGGCCCCCGGGGUUUGCCGCUGAUUGGGAAUCUGGCUCAGAUUCGAGUUAAUGCGGCCGAGCAGUAUCGAAUUUGGUCCAAGAAAUUUGGUGCCGUUUAUCAGAUUCAGCUGGGGAACGUUCCAGUGGUCGUGGUGAACUCGGCUGCGUCUGCCAAGGUGAUCUUUGGCCAAAAUGCCCAGGCACUAAGCUCGCGGCCAGAGUUCUAUACUUUCCACAAGAUUGUCUCAAAUACUGCCGGUACCACCAUCGGAACUUCACCCUACAGUGACUCUCUGAAGCGCCGCCGUAAGGGUGCCGCCUCCGCCCUGAAUCGACCUUCGGUUGAUUCAUAUGUCUCCCAUCUGGAGGUCGAAUCAAAGGCCUUUGUCGAAGAAUUGUUCCGGUAUGGAAAGGGUGGUGCGACGCCGGUCGACCCCAUGCCCAUGAUUCAGCGCCUGAGUCUGAGUCUAGCCUUGACGCUCAACUGGGGAGUACGGGUGGCGUCGCAAGAGUCUGAACUGUUUGAUGAGAUCACCCAUGUGGAAGAAGAAAUCAGUAGAUUCCGAAGUACCACGGGAAAUUUGCAGGACUAUAUCCCUCUCCUCCGGUUGGACCCCUUUAGCAGAAAUUCGAAGAAGGCAGCAGAGAUGCGCAUUCGUCGAGACAAGUACCUGGGCUCCCUCAACCGAGACCUGGAUGAUCGGAUGGAAAAGGGUACCCACACGCCCUGCAUCCAGGCCAAUGUGAUCCUGGACAAAGAAGCCAAGUUGAACACGGAAGAACUCACCUCAAUCAGUCUCACCAUGCUCUCCGGGGGUCUGGAUACCGUCACCACCCUCGUCGCAUGGAGUAUUGGUCUGCUCUCCACACGCCCCGAUGUGCAGGACAAGGCCGCCAAAGCGAUCCAGGAGAUGUAUGGCCAGGAUGAGCCCAUGUGUUCGGCCGAUGAUGAUCAGAAGUGUACCUACGUUGCUGCGUUAGUUCGGGAGUGUCUCCGAUACUUCACAGUUCUUCGCCUGGCGCUGCCCCGAACGUCAAUCCGGGAGAUCACCUAUCAGGGAAUAGUGAUCCCCAAGGGCACCGUAUUCUUUCUGAAUGCCUGGGCCUGCAACAUGGAUCCCGAUGUGUGGACAGACCCGGAAGAGUUCCGACCGGAGCGGUGGUUGGAGCAGCCCGACGCGCCAAUGUUUACCUACGGCAUGGGCUACCGCAUGUGCGCCGGCUCCUUGUUGGCCAACCGAGAACUCUAUCUGGUCUUCAUGCGGACCCUGAACAGUUUCCGGAUUGAACCGCACGAUGACACUGACUGGCAUCCGGUCCGUGGGAACUCGGACCCCACCAGUCUGGUGGCCAUCCCCCAACGGUACAAGGUGCGGUUCGUGCCCAAAAACGUGACUGCCUUGGGCAAAGCGGUGGCGCACUGA